AAAAUCUAUCCACUUUGUUUAUUGUAAAACUUAUCCCUCUUAACUUUUUUUUGUAGAAUUGUUUAGAAGCCUUAGAUGGCACUCAUAUUAGUGUUCAUGUGCCAAGUGAGGAUAGAGCAAGAUAUCGGACAAGGAAAGGUUCUAUUGCUAUGAAUUUGUUAGGUGCAUGUAACCCUAAUUUGGAGUUCAUAUAUGUUCAACCUGGUUGGGAAGGAUCCGCUCAUGAUGGUCGUGUCCUUCGAGAUGCUAUUACUAGGACUAAUGGUUUAAUAGUGCCACAAGGUAAUCAUACUUAGAAUUUAGAUUUUAUAUUGUGGUAUCCAAUAAGCAAUGUCAUGACUUUUUCUUUUUUUUUUUGCCAUAUGUCAAGGUUCCUACUAUUUGGUAGAUGCAGGAUACAUGAAUUGUGAAGGGUUUUUAGUACCAUAUAGAGGUCAUCGAUAUCACCUUAAAGAGUGGGGGGACCGACAGCCAAUUAGUGCGGAAGAGUACUUCAACAUGAAACAUUAUAAGGCAAGGAAUGUUAUUGAGAGAUGUUUUGGGCUAUUAAAAGGAAGGUGGGGUAUUCUUAGGACCCCAUCCUUCUUUCCAAUACGUACUCAUGGGCGUAUAUUCAAGCAUGUGUACUAUUACACAAUCUUAUUCGAAAACAUAUGCCAACAGAUUACACAAUGUAUUGGGAUUUCGAUAGUGAAGAAGGUGAAAGUGAUGAUGAGGGCCUAGAUGAUGAUGUUGAGUUGAUUACUCAAAUAGCUACUACGAAUGCUUGGACUACUUAUCAGAAUAACUUAGCACAAAAUAUGUUUAAUAAUUGGAGACUUAGGCAUAGUAGCCAAACAUAAAUGUUUGUUUAGUUUAUUUGGACUUAUGUUUGGGUGUUCCUUUUUAUGAUGUAAUCGAAUUUUUUUUUUGUAAUCUAUAAAUUUUUUUUUAUGGUGUUGAGAUAUUUUUUAUGGUGUAAUUGGAUUAUUUAUUUUAUCUUGCAAAUAAGAAAAUAGCCUUAUUUGGUAAUUCUUUUAUUAAUACAUCGUUGUUGUAUAGGAUGGAUGUUGGUCAAUUUGUUCAAAGUGGAAGAGGGAAAAACAAGCGAUCAUGGACUAAAUCUGAGGAAGAAUGUUUGAUUAAUGGUUUGUUGGAGAUGAGUGUCGAUCCUUCAUGGAAAGCUGAUGGGAGUUUCAAAGGUGGUUUCAAGAAUAAUUUAGAGGAGAAAUUGAAUGAGAAGUUUCCCGGGUGUGGGUUGAAAGGUAUUCCCCAUAUUGAAUCAAAAAUCAAAUGGUUUAAGGAUAAGUAUAAUGUGCUAACUGAAAUGUUUCGCACUUCUGGUUUUUCUUGGGAUAAUGAAAAGAAUAUGAUUGUUUGUGAAAGGCAAUCUUAUGAAGAAUUUUGUAAGCAACACAGAAAUGCUCAAGGAUUAUGGAAUGUUCCUUUUCCAUUUUAUGAUCAACUGUCAGUUAUCUUUGGUGCUGAUCGAGCUACUGGAGUGCAAUCUGAGACUUUUGUCGAAGCUGUUGACAAUCAAGAGAAAGAGACCAUUGAACUAGAUAAGGGUGGUAGUGAUGAAGAUGAUGAAUUUGAUGAUAAUGAGUUCGUCAACCAAUCAAAACAAUCAACUCCAAGUGAACCUUCUUUAAAGAAAGCCAAAAAAGAAAAGGCUCCAAAUGAACAAGGAAGGAAAAGGAAGAAGCCGGAGGUUGUGGACUUAACUUCUUCUUUUAACAAUAUGUCUUCUAGCUUUUCAAAUCAUAUGAAUGAGAUGAACAAGCACAUGUCUACCAUUGCAAGUGCCUUCUCUACUACACAACUACAUGAGCAAGCUAUCAUGGCUCGUGAAGAAGUUGAGGAAAAUCAAAAAAAAAAUUUGGUUACAUACUUUUUCUAUUAA